UAAGUCGACGGCGGUGACUCGGUGAGGGCUCGCGCAAGCGCGCAACACGGCGGUCGCGAGGCCGAGGAGGCGGCCAAUAUCCGCGCAGGGGGACGGCGACAAGCUGGUAGGGUUCAAAGUGUGCGUCCGGAGGCGACCGCUGGCCGGACGGCGGUGACCAUGGCGACCGCUGCUCACGAUGACGGGGGGCGGCGGCGAUGGGAAGUGCGAGGUUAGUCCGGCUCUAUUCCCAAAUCCCAGUCUCCGGUUGUACUCACAAAUCCAAAUCUACCGCAAUCUUCCAUCGUUUGCUACUUUGCUCCCUGUUCGAAAAAAAAAAACAGUUUCUGUACUCUCUUGUCAAUCCUAAUUUCCAGAUAAAUGUAACCGGUCGAAAUGGGACGGUUCUGCUUCUUGUUGCAGAUUUUGAUUAGUUGUUCAAUGAGUGUAGGGAUAUUUUGGGAGAAGCGACUAAAAUAUUUGUCGCCAGGCGCUGACUUAACCGUAGACUUGUGGUCUUCAGUCUUCACGACGUAAACAUGCGUGGCCUAUAUUUAGGUGAAAGUUUCCACGAUGAUACUUCCAACGCCAUCACUGUAGGUUUGUAGCAUCCAGCUGUUUGAUCUCUAGCGGUAACUUUCAAUAAUUUGUCCUGAGAUGGAAUUUGGAAUUGGAGGGUGGCAGGAUGCUUCACUGAUUGGAAAUAGCCAUGACCCUGUCUUUUUUUUUUUUGAAAAGAUUAUAGCCAUGACCCUGUCGAAGAGUCCAAAACAGUAGAAUGUACUUAGUGGAGACCAAAUAAUCAUCCCAUUUUUUUGUAAAAAAAAGUAAAAGCUAGCUUCAUUGACAAAUUAAACGCUAGACUAGUGUAUAUAGUGACUAAUUACGUGUCCUAUGUGCCGUUGAAUUCACCAUAUACUUCGCGUCUUCGUGAGUUAAACAUGUGUGGCCUAUAUUUAGGUGCAAGUUUCCCCGAAGAUACUUCCAUCAACAUCCAUGAUGACGACAUUGCCAGUAGCCACACGCCAUAGCACACCAUGUAGUACCAUUACAAGAACCAUCAAUUUGUUUGGUUCUCUAGAAGAAUUGUCCAAUAUUUUGUCCUGAGUUGAAUGCUAGAACUGGAAGAUGCUUCACGAAAAUACGGAAUAGAAACAACCAUGCACGACCCUGUCGAAGGGUCCAAAACCGAAGCAUGUAUUCAGCUGGAGACCAAAUAACAAUCUCAUUUUGCAGUAAAAACUAAAGAAGGCUGGCUGUUUGACAAUGUAAACGACGAAUUAUUAUAAAUAUACACUAAUGUAUCAUAUGUGCUCAUGAAUCAAAGCUGACAUUGCAACAACCAUAGCAUACUAUGUACUACUAUUACAGAACCGCCUUGUUGUUUGAUUCUCUAGAAAGAUUGUCCAAUAUUUUGUUCUGAAUUGGAAGUUGGAACUGGAGGAUGCUUCACUCAACCAAAACAACCAUGCUCUGUCAAAGGAUUCAACAUCUUGCGUUUGAUGGAGACAUAAUAGUCAUCCCAUUUUUCAGAAAAUAUGUAAAAAGCUGGCUUAUAAAAUAAAGCAAACGCUGGGCUAGUGUAUAUAUAGGCUGCUGUGUCACAUGUGCUAGCUCAUUGAUCUAAGCACAUAUUCUGACACAUAGGAAACUAUGUACUACUACCACAAGAACUCCACUGAUACAGUACCUAUGCUUCUACUGCUACUCUUCAGCCUCACAUGUGCUUUGCAAUUUCAAGCCAAGACAGUGGCUUUGCCAAGCGCCAGCUGCCCAGAGACCUGCGGUGAUGUUAAAAUUGUGUACCCAUUUGGGAUUGGUGCUGGCUGUGCAAUGAAGGGAUUUGAUCUUGAGUGCAACAAGACCAAAGCCAGCAGUGCCAAUGUGACAUAUCUUGGCAGCAUGCCAUUGCUGAAUAUAUCACUUCUCCAUGGUGAGAUUCGGGUAAAGCACCGCAUCUCAUCCAUGUGUUACAACAGCUCAAGCAGGGACAUCACCUAUAGGAAUGGGGGCAUGACACUUGACAACCCACCAUUCACAUUCUCGGAGCAGCGCAACAGGUUCACAGUUGUCGGCGUCAAUGUACUCGCGUACAUGAUCGGCUCUACUAAUGUGCUUGGGUGUCGGACACAAUCCAAUAUACUCACGGCACGAAAUGGGUUUUGCGAUGGCGAUGGCUGCUGCCAGGUUGCACUCACCAGCAACAUGUCCGACUAUGACGUGAAUUUCAAUCCAAUGGACAACACUACGGAAUACUAUACCAAUGGAAGCAGCACAGAUGGUGCAGAGUACUGUGGCUAUGCGGUGAUGAUGGAGGCCACUGCAUUCCAGUUUCGCACAGCAUAUCUUAACACAACUUUGUUCUGGGACGAAAACACUGGCCGUGUCCCAGUGAUCUUGAACUGGGUAGUAGGCGAUGAGACAUGCGAUGCUGCCAGCAAGAAAGUGGACUCCUAUGCUUGCCGCAGCAAUAAUAGCAAGUGCAUAGAUUCGAGCAAUGGCAUAGGUUACCUCUGCAACUGCACUGACGGCUACGAUGGCAAUCCUUACCUUACUGAUGGAUGCCAAGAUAUUGAUGAGUGUGCUGUCAACGUUCCACGUCCAUGUCCUGGGCACUGCACCAACAUGCCUGGGAAUUAUUCUUGCCCAGAUGAAAAGCCUCCAAGUUAUUCUGGCACUGUGGUACUAGUAGUUGGUCUAAGCACCGGGGUUGUAAUCGUAGUCAUAUCCAUCACCUGCACAUACUUGAUCCUUGAAAGGAAGAAGCUGGCGAAUAUCAAGCACAAGAAUUUCCAGCAACACGGCGGGAUGCUACUGCUGCAGGAGAUAAGCUUAAAGCAAGGCACCGGGUUUUCGAUCUUCAGAGAAGCCGAGCUCAUUGAGGCAACAGACAAGUUCAGUGACAAGAACAUCCUUGGCCGUGGUGGCCAUGGCACUGUCUACAAAGGCACGCUCAAGGAUGGCAGUAUGAUCGCAAUCAAACGGUGUGUAUCAAUGGCCAAUGAGCAGCAGAAGAAAGAGUUUGGCAAAGAGAUGCUCAUCCUGUCUCAGAUCAACCACAAGAAUAUUGUCAAGCUACUGGGAUGCUGCCUUGAGGUAGAGGUUCCAAUGCUAGUCUACGAGUUCAUCCCCAAUGGAACGCUAUUUCAGUUCAUCCAUGGUGACAAUGGCUGCUACAACAUCCCCUUCUCGACUCGGUUACACAUUGCCCUUGAGUCUGCUCAGGCUUUAGCUUACCUGCAUUCAUGGGCUUCGCCUCCAAUCCUCCACGGUGAUGUCAAAUCUUCCAAUAUACUUCUUGACGAGAACUUCGCUGCAACGGUAUCAGACUUUGGGGCAUCAAUACUAGCGCCGGCUGACAAGUCUCAGUUCAUGACUUUGGUACAAGGGACUUGUGGGUAUCUAGACCCUGAAUACAUGCAGACUUGCCACCUGACAGAUAAGAGUGACGUGUACAGCUUUGGUGUUGUCCUCCUAGAGCUGCUCACUGGCAAGGCAGCCUUUAACCUUGAAGGUCCGGAGAAUGAGAGGAGCCUUUCACUUCGCUUCUUGAACGCUAUGAAGGAGGACAGAGUUAUGGAUGUUAUAGAUGACCAGAUCAAGAGUGACAGCGACACCGGGUUGCUUGAAGAGGUUGCAGAGCUGGCGAAGCAGUGCCUGGAGAUGGUUGGCGAGAGGCGGCCGUCAAUGAGCGAUGUCGCCGAAAAGCUGGACAGGCUGAGCAAGGUCAUGCAGCACCUGUGGGUGCCGGCGCAACGUGACCCUGAAGAGAUGGAGAGCCUGCUUGGGGAGUCUUCGGUGGCCAGCUUGGAGAUGAUCAGCACCGGGAAUUUCAGCAUGGAGAGGAGGAUUGUGCAAGGGCUCCUGGAGUCUGAACGUUAAGAGUUGGCCCCAUCAUGCCACGGAUUCACAGUGAUCAUCUUAAUUCUUAUGGUCAUUUUUAGUAUGUAUGUAUGUAUGUAUGUAUGUAUGUAUGUAUGUAUGUAUGUAUGUACUUAUUUUUCUGUUGGCUGGUAAUGUAUGUUACGUAUACAUACAAUAUGUCGGGAUUCACAUGUAGCUCCUUUGUUACUUUGCUUUGGGAGGAUUGGUGAUUUGAUUUGCUUGGAUACAUGUAUAUAAUAGCUCAUGGCAUGGUUGAGUUCACUCA